UUACAAGUCAUGACGUAGAGUAGAGGUGCAUGUGCCACGCGAUUGAUUCUGGAAAUUGGGUCCUAAGUCCUACAAUAGUGUUUUAACAAACAUAACAUAAUAGGGUCCUUGUGCUGAAGCAGCAACAGCAACAUCAUCGCCUCCACCAAGCACCCAGGUGCAGCAGAUUUAAUGAAUGGUGGUUCUGCAUCUAGUAACUUGAGGGCAGCUUUCUCCCAUUGUGUGCAACAAGUGCGCAGUUAUGAUUACCAUCACUAUCUUUGCCUUCUUGAGCUGCCUCCGUCUAUGCGGAAGGCUGCAUUUGCACUCCGUGCUUUGAAUGUUGAAACAGCUAGAGCUAUGGAUGUUGCUUCAGAUCCCAGGAUUGGCCUCAUGCGCCUUGUUUGGUGGCAGGAAGCCAUAGACAAAAUGUUUGCCAAUAAAUUGAUUGAACAUCCAACAGCACAGGCCCUGUCAUCUGUGAUAGCUGAGACCAAAAUCAGCAAGAUCUGGUUGAAGCGAUCUGUUGAAGCUCGGAUCAACGAUGCAAGAAGAGAGGCUACUGACAUGCCAGAAACUAUCGGAGAGCUGGAGAAAUAUGCCGAGGACACGGUAUCAACUAUGCUGUACCUAACACUUCAAGCUGGUGGUAUCAUGUCUACUACAGCUGAUCAUGCAGCAUCACACAUUGGCAAGGCUAGUGGGAUUCUACUGCUGCUCAAAUCACUGCCCUAUCAUGCGGCCCGCAACCGGCAUUUUUCUUACAUACCAACUGCAGUUGCAUCCAAGCAUGGUUUGAUAGUUAAGCAGGAAGGUGGGGAAGAGAGGUGGGUGGAUUCUCGUGAGGGCCUUUGUGAUGCAGUUUAUGAAAUGGCAUCAAUAGCCAAUGCACACUUAGAGAAGGCUCGGAAGUUAGUUGGAAGUGUGCCUGUUGAGGCUCAUCCGGUGCUUCUUCCAGCAGUGCCUGCUCAGGUUCUCUUGGAUUCCCUAAGAAAAGUCCAAUUUGAUGUGUUUGAUCCAAGGCUAGCACGAGGGGUGCUGGGAAUACCACCUUUGUGGUACCAGCUUAAACUCAAGUGGACUUCAUGGAGGAGGAAAUACUAACGAGUUACACCUAGCUUUAGUCGAUUCAUGGGACCCUGGACCUUUUUGCCUGGUAAGUGAUGAGUAUUUGUUUAUUUAUUUAACGACUAAAUUCGCCACACCUGUUGUUGGCAGAUAAAGUGGGCCUGUAAAUGCUAAAUCAACAUUUUACUGCGGAUUGAUUGAUACGUUUGUUUUGAUGCAAUUACUAUUGCAUUUGGAGGGAUUUUUAAUACAUUUUAAUUUGACAA